UCAUCUCAGUGGUAUGUUUGGGUCUCAACUUAUACUCAAACCAAUUGUUCUUCUCUAGGACUCAGGGGAAAGCUGUUUGGUGGAGUGAAAGUUAAAAGAGCUCGCUCAUUUUCAGGCAGAGAAAAACAGAAAUGGAAUCCGACGAAGGACGCCAGAGACGGUAGGUUUGGCAGCUUUGAAAUGGGAAGUUUACAACUGAGCUUACGCUUAAGAAUUUUUAAAAUCUUUCUUUUUCCUACCCUUGCCCAGAAUCAAUGAGAAGAUAUUCCGAGUCACAUUACUAUUUAAACUCCAGUUUAGCUCUUUUCAAGCGUUACAGUUUAUAAUAAUGUUAAUUGUUGUGGUUCAGUUCUGUUUCUCUUGAACCAUUCGUAUUUUAGUUCACAACGGAUGUUUAAUGAUAGAAAAUGAGAACGCCCUAGGCAAUAAAAAUCGUCGCCUUUUGGAGCAUUGGGUCUUUGUCUAUAUUAUUUUAGAUUUUCAGAUUUGGUUUCUAAAUCCAAAAAUAUUCCGUUCGAUUUUCUCGUCACGUACUAAAUUUAUAAUAAAAGUUAUUCAUCAAUGUGACUUGUCUGGCAAGAUCACUGGAAUGCGGUCAAUUUGAACAAAGAGUGUGACACCGAGUUAAUGAAUUGCGUACCAAACAAAAUAUAUCUGUUUUUCGUGGCAAACGUAUCUGUCCCCUUCUCUUAAAAUGUUCAACUGUCAUAAAUCGAGUGGCUAAUACUCGAGGUUUUUCUCCUAACCAAACAAUUUCUCUGCAGAGUUUUAUCUGUCAUGUAAAGAGCAGAUCCGCGCGUGCAAAGUAAAUCGCGCGCGUUUUGCGUAGCCAAGCAUAGCGAGUGAAGUUUUUUUUUCGAGUGCAGCGUGGCUUAACUGUUAUUAAAAGCUUAUAAGCUUCUUGAGUUCAGUGACCACGGAGCUAAACAGAUCUAAAGAUACCGUAAACACGAAAGAAUAAAACUGUGCUUGGAGGAGGUGCAAGAGAACAAUGCUAUCGUCAGUAUCUUCCAACGUCCUUUGUUGGUCCAGUGUUUUCACAGAACAGAUUAAACAAUGCAAGCACGUAAAUCUUUUUCCUCCCUCUUGAAAAUUUAGUUUUGCGGUACAGAAGCCACAAUGUCGUUUGUCUUGCGUUAAAAAGCGUCACCUUAGUGACCCAUCGGAGGUCAAGAAUUGUUACUUCAGUGCAAAUGUAGCGGCUCGUAAGCGAAAGCACCAUAAUUUUAAUGUUCGUCUUUUAUAUAGGACUUGCGCUGGUCUUUUUGACGUGAUCAGCAAUACCCUAGGUGAUAUAAAUAAUACCCGUUAAUUGGCUUUAAUAUUUAACGCCUUGGACGAGUUGUCAAUUUCAUGUUUAUUUCUGCGCAUCCAAAAUGCAUGUUUUUGUUCCACGGCAACUACUGCCGCGAGAGUUUUUUUUAUCAGAUUAAGAUAUCACGAAGACAAUACCAGGCCACUAGGCAAGUUUGGUUUAAAUUGUUCGUUGCAUAGAUUGAUUUGUUUGACCACAUGAGCCGUGCAUAAAUAUUGCAGCCAAGCGUGUGUCCAGUGCUGUAACACAAUUCUCAGUUCUCUCAUUGCGCGGCGGUUGAUAGCCCGCGCGACCCAUUAGUUUUGAAAAUGGCUGCCCAAAAGACGCCGGGGUGAUGUGGACGUUCUCAAGUGAUGGGAGAUAGCCAGACGUUCCUUGUACGCUACACUAAAAGGCAAAAAUGUAAGUGACAUGCAUCGAACUUCAUCUCACGUAAUUAUUUUUAAGUGAACGAGGAAACGACGUUUGGUGGCAGCUGUUUAUGUUGAGUAACUCACGCUAGUGGUGUUCUGUAAGUAAUAUUCAGUGGUAUGAUUCUCGCGCCAAAAAGAUCGUUCCAAUUUCGCUCUCUGUUCAUAAGGAUGCAAUUAAAAGUGUUCGAUUAUCAAUUUUCGAUGUCUUAAGCUCAUAAAAACGUCAAAAAAUACAAGUGUAAUCUUGCAUGUUCAUGAAAUAUUUCAUAAAGCUUCCUAAGCGGGAUAUAUUAAGCUUAUAUUUUUGUGGAUGGCGUUGUUUAUUUGAUGUUUCUGAGGUCAAACUUGAUAUAGCUUAGUUUUCGAUUUCAAUAGUUGAGAUGCGUAAAAGAUUCGUUUCUACCUGUAGUAGUUUGGCAGUUGUUUAACCAUGAGUAUGGUCUCUUUAAUCUAAGUCCUCCUUUCAACACAAUGGUCACCAAAAUCUAACGUUGAAAAUUGCUGUUUCAUUGGAAUAAGGUUUUAUUUACUCAUGGCUAGACUAAAGCUAAAGCGUAUUUACUGUAUAAGUACGUUCUACCUCAAAACUUUCCAAAUUACGUUAUCGCAUGAAAUCGCUUUACCCAGACCAUUCUUCGCAUUUCAACAUAAGACUUAAGCUUACAAAUAUUUUGUCAAUAGAUUUUGAUUGCAAUAUAAUCCGAAAAGUAACAUUAUAUUUCGCCUGUAAAAAACCAUCAGCUUUUAUAUUUGCAUAUUUAAGGAAUACAAAACAAUUCUCGUUCAGAAUAUGCAGUUGCGUUCGAUCAAUACCUUGAUUUUUGUAUUGUCGUGCCGUUGAUGAGGCCGCCAUUGAUGUAAAUUUCACGCACACAUCGUGUUCAAGUCUUUUCAAUUUCUUAUGGCUGUUGUUUUGUUUUGAAAAUUUUGGGAGGCUAGUUGUUUUUACAUAGAUGUUAUUCAAAGUCUUUUUAUAAACCAGCCGCUUCGAGAAGACAGGUUUUUGGAAAAGAGAAUUUGACGGAAUCAUAUCGAUACGUGGUUGAUUGUUGAAAGCGCUGUGGCGAAGUGUGACUUACAUUUGGAUCACUAUUGUGGUUAGAAAUUUUUCGUUUUGGGUCCUUAGUCACUCGAUGAAGCGAAUUCAAUUCGAUAACCAACUUAAUUGCAAAUUCUUUGAAUUUUAUCCUGAUAAUUAUAUGUUUCAUUCUUGAUUCUUGUCUGGGCUGCAAUCGCUGUUGGAGAAGGAAGUGCAAAUAUGAUUCUCUCGGGACUUUAGUGGUUCUAAAGUGUGGACAGAUGUAGACUGAUUUAUGAUCUUUUUGCUAGCUUUUUUACACCCACGAGUCAAUGGUAAAGGUAGUUUACCUGUUUGGAACAAACCGCGUGCAUUAGGUUGCAAGUUUCAUGUUUGUUUCAACUCAUAAUUGAAUUUAGGCACCUUCUUUUGUCAGAAAACGAUAGAAAUCUUGUACAAGUAAAAACAACUAUCGCCACAGGGGAGCAUACGCUUUCUUUAUAUUUCCAAAGCACUGAUUUUGUCUUUCUUUAUAAAACAAUGGGUUAGCAUGUAUUAAUUUUUCACAAAAUUUUUUAUCACGUCUUACCAGUAAGUUAAGGUUUCUCUCUUUAUUGAAACAAAUUUGAUUGAGGUCAUUUCCAGAAUUCUCAAAAAGUGGAAUUUAAAAUUCCACUUUUUUGUGGUUGCAAUAUACUGCAAAGUAGACACGGAAAAGGACUGAUUCUUCAUGUGAUUUUUUGUCUGAGGUAUACACAUAAGUAGCCACAAAUCUUAAUUUUAAUUUUUUCUCAUCCUUGAUUGAAAAUCGAAUCUGUUUAUUUUGUUAUAUUAUACCAACGUCUUCCCGGUUAUAUCAUACUUGUUGUUGUUGUUUUUUUUUGCAUUUCAAGCAAUUUGUGUAAAUAUAUGAAGGUGAAUAUGAAGAAACUGAAGAGCAAUGUUCCAAGAACUUGGUUAUUGUCCUUGCAUAGAUCAAUGAAUUUUCUUAGUGCUCUAAGCAAUUUCCAAGCAUUGUUUUCUGUCACGUAUUUCAAGAUGAAAGCCUUGAUCACAACCAUCAUAAUAGUGUAUAGGUCUGUGACCCUUUCAAAACUAUCUCAGAAUUGGAAGGACUGAUGACAUCUGUCAACUUUGCUUAGUAUGUGAUAUUUAAGAACAAUCAUCUGUGGCUUUUUUUGGCUCAAGAGAUGUUUAUAAUGUUGUGACACACAGACCUCAGUGUGUUUAUAAAUUGUCUCUGAUCUUUUCCAGCUUGUUUGGUUGUUUUAGUGUUUUGUGGUUAGUAAGCAUUUUAGCCUCUGUCAUCAUUCCUAACCAUAGGGCUUUGUAUGGAGAUAAGAGUUCAUUUUUUUCAGUUUGUCCAUGCUUUUCCAUCUAGAAGUGACAAGAGGCAGCAGAUGUAUUCUUAGGCAAAGAAGGGCCAUGAUAACUAUUGUGUGUAGAGUUACUUCAGCCACUAGGCUUAAUUUAGACAUUUUAAGAACAGAAAGAUGAUCUGCAAUCCUAAAGGAUAUCAGCAGAGGCUAAGUUUCUCUCUAUUUUGGGUAAACUUGACAAUUAUUGCCAUGGAAACCAUUGCUCUGCUGCAUUUUGUUAGUUUUUUGCCAUCACUGCACCCUUUUUUGCCAAUUUUUAGACCUAUUUUGAUUUUUUUUAAUGGGCAAACUGGUAACCAAAACUCAGUAUUGGUAAAUUUCGCUCAGGAAUCACUUUUUACCACUUCCACAAACCAGUCAUAGUUGCUCUGAAUUGACCAUGAAAGCCUGAAACAGGAGUCAAAGAUGGGUUUGAAGAAAUGGAACAUGAAUUUCUGUGAAGAAUGUUCUGACCAGCAAAACAGGACUAACUUCUCAGACAGUGACACUCUGUUACUUCUGGAGACUUUUCCACUGUUACGACCUGAAAAGUCUUGUUCUAUUUACUUUCUAACUGGAAUUUCAGGAAAUUUUUUGAAAAUGAUAAACCACCAGGUUAUUAGCAACCAUGAACCUGUCACUUGACUCAUUACAUUAGUUUUAUUCUGAUAGUUAGAUUGCUAAAAAUAGGAGCAACUAAAAUGUAAGAAAAUACAUGAAAAUGUAUUAAUUUUACAUUCGGCCAAGCUAAAAGUAUUAGCAGUGACAGAAAAUGCAAAUAAUUUCCUAAUGGUAUGAAUGCGCAUUCAGGAGCCAUUAUGGUGUUAAUUGACGCUAUUGUUGUUAGGUAUAUAUAAGGUUUUGACAGUUGUAAUGUAUUCAUCUCAGCUCUUUCACUUUCAACUUUUUAUCUUAUUAUCUUUAUCUUAUCUUGUUUUAUGUUAUUUAUUUUUUACCUCUAAGCAGCAGAGGUUUGUGUGACUGCAUUAAUUUUGUUGGGGGAUACCCAACCCAAUCUUUUUCUUGUUGAGUUUUUGGGUUCUUGUAUCUGGUGGUGCACCUGACUACUUUAGCCUGAUUGACUUUAUUUAGGAGUGUUUGUGUAAAUGUUAUCUUGUUAUGAUGUUAAACUUUUUAUGGUAUUAAGAUGGCAAUAAACACUCAGGCUCAUAGUUUGAACUGCACAGCCAUUCCUGAAUAUAAAUAGGAAGUUAGGUGCUGUGUUGAACCCUAACCAUGGCAAUGGCGUGUCCUUUUUCCAUGGCAAUUUUCAUACAGCAAGCAUUAAAUGAAUUAUCAUGUACAAUGAGUUACUGCCAAUAGUAUUACUGUAUUUAUCAAUUCACAUUUAGUUAAUAUUAUGAAAAUUUUUUAUUUCACUUUGAGUGGGCAGGUUGGGUUUUCUGGAUCAAUUAAUUUGGCUAAAAACAGCUCUUGUAUUUGGGAUUUCUAGGUUAUAUUUUGGUGAUCUUUCAGAGGAUAUAUAAUGAACUUCCUUAUCACACUAAAAAAACUAAGGCUUGAUCAAUGUGUAUUCAGCCUUCAAAGCAUUCAUAAAUUCUAGUAUCUGUAAAAAGAAGCCCUGGCACCAUAAAAGCAACCAAAGCUACUUAUGCAGAAAAUUUGUGGUAGUUAUUUCUUUCUACGCUUCUGUUAGAAAUGUGAUCAUUUCAAGGUUCUCCAGAAAUUCCAGUGACAGGCAGAACUCACUGUCUAGUUGUCACAGAAGUGCUGGCAACUAACAGAGAAUAAUUCUUUUACACUGCAUUUGUUUCUCAACUCUUUUGAAACAUUAAAAAACAAACAUACAUUAUAUGAAAUCUACUUGCCACCCUGGUGGCUUUUUCAGAUUAUGCCAAAUUCCCUGAAAUGUUCUUUUCAGGGCCAAAAAUUAAAUAUUUUCAGGGGCAGCCCCCAGAUUUCCUCACCAGAAGAGGGUGAAAAAAAGGGGCAUGCCUUGCAGAUUCUGAUUUUCCAAAAAAGAAUGUACACAUUUCUCUUCAAAUUCCAUGUUGUCUGGAACUAUGGAUGACCCCUAUGACACCCCAUGUAUUUUAAUUUUAUUAUCAUCUUUUCAUAGUGUGUAAUCAUUUAUGAGCCAUGUGCCAGCUACUACUCUGAAGAAGUCAGAAGUUGAGACCCUAACCACUUAAAGUGUACACUGCUGAUAAAACAGUUAAUUCCUGCUUUGCCUCUGGCCACCCAGAUCAAUUGUAUAGGGUGGAUCAAUCGUACAACCUUCACAAUUUCUGUAGGAACGUCUUAUUAUUAAAUUUGUGGAAUUAAUUUUUGUUAUCAGUGGUCAUGUUGCCUUAUGGGACAUUGUGACAAAAAUGUGUACUAAUUUUGAUUAGUUACCUCAUUGCUACUUAAUUUCGUGUGUACUUAUAUUCACGAUUUUGGCGAUACAGUAUUUCACAGGGUUUUAUUUUCUCAAUUUAAUUUAAAUAUAGAAAAAGUGAAAGAGGGCAUUAAAUUUUGCAGGUUAAGUGUUUUGCUUUUAAAGUUUUGUGGAUAAACUGGAACAAGCAAAAUGCAUUUAAUUUUUUUUUGUGCAAAUCAAGUGAUUCAGAUGAACGUGAUAGCUAAAUUCCUUACUUGAUAUGUGAAAUCUUUGCACUGAAUUUAAUGAUAUUUCACAACAGAAGAUAUAGAAUAGAGUUUAAAGUAAAAUCAGUUAAUACUAUGUUGGUAGUUGUCGAUACAUAUCUUGUAUUAAGUAUAUGUUGUUUUUUUUAAAUUAAUCAUCUUUUCCCUCGGAUUUGAAAUUUCUCUAUGGGUAUUAAAUUUUGCGAGGAUUAUUAUUUACAAAAAACAUGAAAUUGAAGACCAAUGGUACGUGAAUGAAUUGACAGUGGGUAAUUAGGAAGUUGUUUGCUUUCUGCUCUAAUCCUCAUGGCUGUUCCUUUUUCCUGUUCUUCUUAUCUCACAUUCCUUCUGUUAGUGGUGUGGUAAUUUUGUUAAAGAAAGAUAAGAACUACUACAGGAUGUACAUAUAUAUUUCAACUCUAGUGGGACAAAUGUUCUGCAUAACAAAACAAGGCGAGUUAAAAAAAGAAACCGUCCUUCCCAAUCAUUUGUUAAACUAAUCAUAAGGUUACUACGGUGGCCACAUGUCAUGUCAUAACUCACCAUUUCACCCCUAGAAUCAGUGAUGAGAUAUAAAAAAUUUUGUUCCAGUUUUUCAGUCAGUUCUUGAAAUCCUAUGAUCUGAUCACAAUUAUCCAACUGAAACCUUUUUGAGAGUACUUUCUAAAUGUGUUUUGACAUGAUAUUUAGGAGUUAAUUUUAGAAGCAAAAUUGAGGGCUUCUCAGCUACUACCAUUUGAGUAAUAACCAUUAUUAGUGACUAAUUAUUAAUAAUAUUCACGAUAAGGUGAUUCUCCAUAUUAAAAUUUUUGACUUUAGGUUAAAUGCAUUCAGACUUCCUGUGUAGACCGCAUUUAAGAGGGGUAAAGGUUAACAACUUUUUCACCAGUUUAUGUAAUUAUUCCUAUAAUGUACUGCGUUGAAAAGAAAUCAACUACAUGCAUCACUUUUAACACUGAUAGCAGCACUGAUAGCCUUGUGUCUCUAAUGUUAUUGUCAGUUUCUUAAACCUGUUGUUUGGAUACCUAAUUGGCAGUUAAUUUUUUUGAUAACCUACUUAUCAAACCUCACUGGUGGGACCAUCGUUUGUAUAAAGGACCAUUUUGCAGAAAAUCGUGGAGGAAAAUCACCGUGUCUGUUUAAUUCAGUUACUGAGUGGUAAUAUUGAUGAUUCCCGUAUUAAGGUGUAACAAGGAAAGGAAAAUCAAAUCAUCAUUCAGGGCUGUCACCAAGAUUUCAAGUUGCGGGGUUGUUUUCAAGUUGCGGGGUAAAUACAACGAGUAGGUAGUGAAUCAAACAGCUAGGGAUUUCUUUUGGUUGUAUUUUUCUUCCGUUUUCGUAUGAAAGUAGCCGAGGGCCACGUUUAUGGUAGCCGGGGGAAAUCCCCUGCCCCUGCCUCUUAGUGACAGCCCUGAUCAGAAAAAUGAUCACUCAACUUGGUGAUGAUGAUCAGUAAUUCAUUAGAAAGUUAUUACAUGUUAUUGAUAUUGUUUUAUUUUUUGUGAAUAUUAUUUUGCUUAAGACGUUUUCAAAGAGAAUUAAAUAAUGGCUGAAUGACUGUCUAAGGUUUUUUAUUUAGUAGAAUCUAUUGUUGUUUAAACCUCCUGGGAAAAUUGUAAAAAUCAGGGAUAACAUGACAGUAGUAUCACUUUUUGAAUUGGCUGAGGAAGGGAAAAUUACUUUUGGUGUGAACAAUAAUUUAAGGGCUUGUACUACCAUGGAUAUGUAUCUUUGUUGUUUAAAUAAUCUGAACUAAAAUACUUUCAGCACAAAUUUAAAAGGUACUCAAAUGAGCUUAACACUGAUAAAAAAGUUUUAAAAAAAUACCGUAGUAAAAAAAAAAUAAAAAUACAGUAAUAUAAAAAAUUCUCACACAUUGUAAAAAUUUAUUAAUACCAAGAGUGAAGCUACUUCCUGCCAUAGAGUCUCAUCAUCUAUUUUGUUAAUAUGAGUUAUAGAAUUUUGUUCUCAAAUUCAUUUAAUUUUCCUGAAUAUUUUCACCAUCAAGGAAGCCAAUGGUAUCCUUUUCAUCUUUUUUAGUUUUAUUUUGAUAAAUUAUCAAGACGUCUCAUGUGAAGUUGCCAAGAGUAACCCCCUGAUUUUUGCACUAAGCAAUAAUCUGUGGUAAUAUGCCUUGGAAUGUUUUCUUUACCAAGUGAAAACUUGAUCUUGGAAACAUAUCUUAAACGAUUACAUCUUGGUCAGCAGUUCUCUUUUUUUUCACCCACUUAGAAUUUUAGCCACAAAAACUUUUAAGGACAUGUAAAUGUUCGUUACAGGAUGUUGAAUGCUUUCACAUCAUUUUUUGGGUGAAAGAGACAAAAAUGAGACUUCAGUCAAUGGAGAGAAGUUUCAGCUCAGAGGCUUUCAAUUUUUUUUCAUAAAAAAAAAAAUGAAAAAAAAUACAUUGUGCUUAUGUUUCUGAUUAAGAUUAAAAGUUGUUUGGACAUAAAAUAUUUAAAAGAAUGCUAAUGCCUUAUGCCAUCAGUCAUUUUAUAUUGAUUUUAAACAUUUGAAAAAAAGAAAGCAUGAGGUUUUAAUCAAUAAUAAAUGACCUCAAACUUGUUGUAAUAGUAAGACUGUUCCCAAUUCUGACUUUUUAUUUAUUAACUAUUAACACAGUAUACAUUUCCAGUCUCUAAAGAGGGCAGCAUUCCUCAACUUACUGACUUUCAGAUUUAACACUGAACGAAUACUCUGACAAGAUCAAAAUAGAUAGCAAAACAUUUAAUGAUAGCCACACUGUCUGAUUGAUUUUUGUUUGCUUUCCUGAAAUGAAAGGUUUAAAAGCAUCCUAGUGAAAAAUAAUUUUAAAACAAAUUUUCCUUAAUUGGUUACUAGACAAUAUCACAAGAAAUAAUAAUGAAUCAUAAUUUUUUUUGCAGUUUUAAUCACUUCAAUUAAAACUGUUUCUUUAUUGUUCAGUACUUGUAUUAUUUAGAAGCUUUCAAGAAUCAAGCAUCAAACAUGUCACAUCACAUGGCAUCCUCAGAAAUAGCUUUGCCAUUGUUACUGCGAGAAGAGGACAAAAAAACUCUUAGUUUUACAUCAAUCUACAAUAGCUCCCUAGACUUUGGUCUCUGUGCAUUUGUCAUAAUUCACUUGACAGUUUUUUUCAAGCCUGAGUUAUAAUCCUAUCUUGAGUCAAAGUGCAUGUUACGGAUAAAUUGCAAGAUGAUCACUGUUUGAUAUUACCUUUUUCUGUUCUAGACACAGCCACUACUGUCAGUGACUCCGAAGCAAAAGGCCAUGGCCGUCGGCCAAGAAGGCGAACCACAGGAGGGUCUGAUAUGGGGGACGAUGUGGAGAAGGCGAAGAGGUCACAACAAGAGCAGGGUCAUUCCAGCGAGCAGGACACUCAUGCUACGCAGACACUGUCACGGCAGGAGAUUAUCUCCAUGGUGAAGAAACGGUUUGGAUUGAAACCUGGUGGAGAGAUGGAAAAAAAACCAAAUGGAAUCCAAGAGGAUACACCAGUAAGAAUUUAGUUAUUUUCUGUAGUAACUAAAGGAAUCUUUUAUUUUUGGUGCCACUGGAAAAAUGAGAGCAGCAGAAAUAUUCUGUUUUACUCAUUACCAUAAAAUAUUGUUUUGUCUUUUAGACAAGACUCUGCUAUAACAUAGCCUCACUUUAUUCAAUGUUUUGGUAGCAUAUUUACUAGAAAGUAAUAUUGUUUGGAACCCUAACCAAAUUUACCAUGGGUGGCUGGAAAAAAGGAUCAGUAUUUAAGAAGGAAAGAAGGCGGCAGUCUCUGCCGCUAUAUGGGGUUUCCUUAAAGCUGGCUAAAUAAAUAUUUGCUAGAUUUUAGGACUUAAGGCAUUAUGUUUUUUAUGUGAUGGGCUUGAGCUUUUUUUCUAUGAUAGUCCUUGUGGUCAAAUUAAAUAUAACAGUAGAAGAAUUUUGUCUGCUCACAGCUAAACAAAAACUAUAACUUAGAAUUUAAAAUGCAGUACACUCUAGGUUGCCUUAAAAAACAAGUCCAAACAUUUUCUCUUCCUUACUCUUUUGAAGUAUAGUUUUCUCAAUCAUUACCAUUGCACUUGAAUUUUAACCUUGUCCCAGAAAUGUAGCCCCAGCCUUGUCAACAUUAUUUUAGCUGUUAUAAGUAAAAUGCAGAAAAUGUUUAGGUUUAGGUUCAAGGUACAAUUACUACUGGUUAAUAAAUAAAGUAGGUGAUUUAUUAUUAAGAACUUGCUCUUGUAAUUUUAUUAUUGUAAAGAGGAGAUCAGUAUUUCUGAUCCAUUUGUUGACAUAAGACAAAAAUCUGUGAAUGAAAUUUAUCCCUUUAAUUCUCAGGUUAAGUUACAUCACUGUGGCUACCGGUAUUAUUUUUCUUGAUUCUUAGCUUUUGCCAAUUUGGGUUACCCUUCUUUAAAAAUAGUGUGGAACCUAGAAAUCUCAAAUUUUUUAAUGCAGGUUUUUCUAUUACAGAACUGAAUUUAAAAAAUAGGAGAAGAUAAACCAGCACCCCAGGAAAGAACUGGCCCUCACAUAUAAACCACAUAUUGAGAUUUAUGUCCAAGGGUCAGGAAAGAAGCUCCACAAAAAAAUUUAAAAAUUGAGAAUUUGAGAAUAUGAUCGCAAAUUAGUGAAUGGCUGCUUGAAAGUUAUAAUUCUCCCUUAUCUUGCUUUUUUACUUCAGAGUGUCUUCGUUUUGCAUGGAGUUAAUAAUAUUUUAAACCCCAGUUUUUUAUUUUGACUGAUGAAAGUAAUCUCUUGCAUGUGAACACCUUCUAUGGAUUUCACAGUGGUAAAUAGCUGCCCUGAAUGGGCCAUUCCAUGGUGUGAUAAGCUCUGCACUGCAUGGGAAGGUAUAAGUUAGUGAUGGUGACAUGCAAAUUUCUACAUUUCAAUUUGAAAUCUGCAAAGGCUGCUGAAACAGUUGACUAUUUGACUUCUCUGUAAUGGCAUAUAGAGUAACAAUAGAGAUGUAUAAGAUUAGGGUAGGUUCUUCGCUUAAGUUGUAUUAUUAUUAACUCAAGAUUGUUGAAUGAGCAUUUAUCUGUGGACUAGAUUUCACUACUGACAAAAAGCUGUUUGACAAUGAAAUUCUGUUUGGGGUUGAUUUGAACUUAAAAGGGUAAUGCUUAACUUGAAUUUUUUUCAUUUGUUGAUUUGAAGACAUUAGGAAAAGAAAAUUAAUAAUCAUCUUUCAGCAGUGCAAAAGAGUUGAUCACAAAGCUUUUUCCAUAAUGUUCUCUUCAAAUAAUAAUUAUUUAAGGUCUACUUAAGUUGUCUCUUCUCUGGUUGACAGAAUAAUUUAUUGUAACACUAUAUUCACAGUCUUUGCUGAUAAGCAUAACAUGUUUUCUUCACUUUCUGGUUGUUGUCACCUUUUACUGUAUGUUGUAAUAGAUGCCAUGCUGCCUCAGGUGAAAUCUCUCAGAACUGAUUUCUCUGAAUGCUUUUGUAUCAAUUUCUCUUUUUUUAAAGAACUUUUGUUCCUUGGCAUGUUUACCUUUGAGUUAUCGCUUUUAUUUUUUCUUUUUGAUAUUUCCCCAGCCAGCUAUUCCACCACGUCCUGUACCAUCAUCUCCCAAACAGCAAAGAUAUGAGCUGUUGUUGGACAAACCAGGGACUUACCCAACAAUGCCAAGAAAAGAAGAGAACCAUGUACCACACUCUAACUCAACUCCAGGUAACAACUGUUAAUGUUCAUUAGUGUACAGAAAAAAACAAGAUAAAACAAGCCUCCUUGCCAAAAAUCAGCAUGUUAGUACAAAUUGGCAGUGAGAUACUGUGAUAAUGUAAUGUCUGUAUGUAAUAUUUACAUUGUUAUGCUCUGAUGACUUCGUCCCAUUCCUUCUAAAAUUGACCUGGAUCACAAUGUUUAUAACAAGCAUUUUUCUGCAAUCAUUUCCAUGAUUAAAGUAGGGAAGGGGUCGAGACGGGUGUCAACUCCAGUCUCACAUUCACUCAACUUAGCGACACAGUUGUCAACUUUUCUGUGUCAAGUGCAGUGAUAAUGAUGUCAAGUAAUUCACUCAGUCUUAUUUACAACCAGUUUUUCAACAUAGCUCUCUUUUUUAACAAUUUUUUUAUCGCUUUUUUCCAGGGGUCGUAUAUUUACAGUAUGGGGAUGAGAUCAAACGUGCUAUGUUACCAACAGGCCUGCAAGACAUGUCACAAGUACAAACAUUGUUUGCGCAAACAUUCCCAGACAAGGUUAAGAGAAGUGGAGACAACCGUAAAACGAUCUACAUCAAGGACAAUUCCUGUGGAGUCUUUUAUGAACUGGACAGUGUUGGGUAAUUAUCUGUUCCCUUGUACCGUUUUUACAGUUUAGCCAAGUCAAGUGUACUCCCCAGGAUUCCAUUGAUGAAUUGUUUAUUUGAAUGAUAAAUCCAUCAUUCAUUAAUUGCUGCAACCAAUCAAAUUUAAAUCAAAUUUAAAGUCUGAUUGAAAAAUCUUUGAAUGGAUAAAACUGCUUUGAGGACAUUUACAAGUAAAUAGCCUGUGGUCAUGCUCAUAGUAGCAAGGGGAAAUCUCCAGUGCCUGGCCCUUGUGACGGCCCUUUUCCUUACUAUAUAGCAUGGUUCACACAGGCCUUGAAAAGUCCUUGAAAAAUGAAAAAUUGUGCGAUAUCCUUAAAAAUUCCUUGAAUUUUCCACAGAAGUCCUUGAAUAUUUUUGAAAGCUCCUUGAAUAAAAAUAAUGUUUGUUAAAAAUAUAAUGUUUUGUGCAAAGGAAUGAUUGAAUGCACAGCAAUACACAAAUUUUCUUGGUGACCAUGCAUGAGGAAAAGUGUUUUCUUCCCGGCAUACUUCAUUUUCUGUUAUUUGAAGUACCUUAGGAACCGUGCCUUAAUGAAGGAGGGUUUUGCAAUAAGUGAACCCCCCUCCACUUAAAGGUCUCUACUUCAUGUUAUUGGGGAAAAGAAGUCCUUGAAAAAAUAAUGUUAGUCCUUGAAAAGUCCUUGAACCAUGUACACGAGCACUUUCUGUACUUAGUAAUGACUUCAGCCAAGAAUUUCAAGACCUAAAACAGCAAUAUCAUAGUGGUACAGCCUCUCUAAAGCUUUGUCCUUGUCUUUCUGUAGUACUAUCUGCCUUAUUCCUUUUUUUUUUCAGUGACUUGUCAAACAAAUCACACCUUAAGGUCCUGGAGUCCCGACCAUUCCAGAAUGGCCCAGUCUCACUUCCUGUAAGCAGCCCUACAGCGGUCCACACAGGUGCUCAAGUAACAAGCACACCCCUCCCCAACCACAGUUUUGUCCCCCCUGCUAAUGCCAUUCACAGUGGUGGUGGCAACAUCAAGUAUAGUCGCACAACCACAGUAACACGACAAGCCAGUGGAGGCCCAAGAAUAACAACGGUAACAAGAGUGGUAAAUAAUGGUGAAAAAGAAAAUUCGGCAACACACACUACAGCAUCCGAUCAGGAAGGAAUGUCCCUGAUGGACAAAAAGAAAGUUCCACUUCCUGGACUUGGUACAACGUUAAACCCAAGAAGGUAUUGACAUAUUGUGGUGUUUUAUCUUAUAGUUUUCACAAAGUGAAAAUACUUUGAGGCAGCAUGACAUUAUUUGUUUCUAAUUAUUUGAGUGGAAUGCCUGUAAACUCUAGCUGGAUAAGCUAGGUACACUUUCCACUAUAAACAAACCUUUAACCUGUACUCUUUGUUAACCUUUUUAUGGCCGAGUGGUUAGAGUGCUAGACUUGUAUUCUGGAGACCCAGAAUUCAAGUCCCCCCAUGACCGCUUGAGCUGGAUUUGUUUUCGGUUGUCCCACAUUCAUAACCUCAGCCAUGCUUGUAAAAUGAUCAACUGGCUCACCCCCUACCAGUUAAGAUUCUUAUUAUCCCUGAAAAGCUUCAUAAGGAGAGAGGAUGAUGUAACUAUUUAUAACUUAAAUUACUAUUAUUACUAUCAUUAUCAUAUUAGAGCCCCGUGGGAGGUACUAUAUAGGAAUGUUUGGGUGCCACUGAGACCCUGGAAGCCUUCAAUAAGAUGUUACCAGACCUAGCUAGUGUGGCUUAAUGUUGUGACCCUAUACUAGAAUAAACCUCCAAAAUCUCCCCCUAUCUUAGAGUCUCCAUUUUUCAGAAAUUUCUUAGGUCGACGCUUUCUUAGCUGUUAAACUGAGUUGUAAUUUUAUAAUUAUUUUUGAGUGUUGAUUCCCAGUUUCCCCAUUGUAGACAAAAAUCUUCAAGUUUCAAGUUCCCUCCAUAUUAGUUGCCAUGGUGCCUAAAAUUUUGAAGCUGGCAACUUGAUUAGUAAAAAAGUCUCCCUAAACAAAAAGAAUUGGUCAGCAAAUCCAAGCAAAAACUUUAACUUGGAUGGUUGAUGACAUUCCCCCCUACCUCGCGUAUUAGGGUUUUUGCGAACAAACAGAAGUCAGGAUCUCUCUUGCAGAAGGCUAUGCACAAACCAAAUGUGCUAAUCAUUACACCUAACUUGAAAUAUCUCACUUCCAUUUCAGACCGUCUCGUGACCCAGUCGAGGAUCAACUUGACACUCUUACCAACAUGCUACAAGAUGCACUCAAAACAGGCAGCUAUGAAAGUUUACCUAGUAAAAGCACAGAAGAAAGCCCGUCCAGCUCUCAGGGCAGUUUUAUUGAUCAUGGUCCCACUGCAGAAGGUAAUGAACCAACUCAGUUGCAGAUGUUUAGGUCGCGGGUCAGAAGCGAUUCAGGAAACGAGUCCCUGUUGUCUGAUGUUAGCCCAACUCCAUCAGUAGAAGGUACACUGCUGUCUGUUGUAGUAACAACAUGGAAGAGACUUCUGCUUUAAACUGCAAAUUUUGCUUUUGCUUGCUAUCAUUAAUAGAAAGAUUAGGUCCUGUAGAGAUCAGAAUCAUCACUUCUCUUGCCCACAGGUUUUAAGCAGAUGGGCAGUGAAAGAAUGUAAAAUUAAAUACUGAAUAUCAGUGUUUGCCAAGUCAUGAAUUAAAUCAUUAUUUCAGUGAUUUCUGAGCAUAAGGUCAACGGAAAGCAAAAGCCUACAAAUGCAGAUUUGCUGUAACUUUUUUUGGCUCUUUGGAAAGUAAUGGUACCUAGAUAAACAUCCGAUGCUUUUUCAUCAUGACUGUCUGUGCUUAAAUCUUAUACAAUGGUCUACUGCAUAGUGCAUAUUGUCAUCUGUUAAUGAGGCAGAGUUUGAUUAUGUUGCUCAGUUUUAUUGCACCACUCCACAGGUAAACCCAAACACAUUCCCGCCCCUCCCCCCAGAGCAUCUAGUCAUACAGUAUCCAGAGAGUCAUCUUUGAAAUAUAGUCAGACACUGCAACGAGAUUCUCCCAGAGGAGCUAAACGAGACAUCAGUCAGCAGUACCACACACAAACACUUCCAUUGCCGUCAUCAAAGCCAAAACGAUCAUUAACAGACAGCCCAACACCUUUGUCAUCGAGUAGUUCCUCUACUUCUGGAAGCCAUGCCUCUGUCAAAUAUGAAGGUUUGUUUUUUAUGAUGUUUGGAUUGUGUAGAGGGCAUUGUUUGGUCUGAUUUGGAAAAGCUGGUUCUGAUUCGUUUCUAUGCAAUCAUUGUUGUUUUUGUUGGUCCAAGCCACGAUUUGUUGGUGAAUAAAUCUUGAAAAAUAAACGGCGAUGGCUACAAAAUCGUCACUUAAAGAGCGAAUUUGCGCUUCCUCAAAGUCUAUCGCACUUAUUCCAUUUCGUACAAUUGGUCAAAUGUUGGUGAAUUUUUCUGGAGUUGAAUUCUAAAGGACUGUAUCAAAAAGUUCAGGAAAAGAAAAGGAAAGUUGUUGUCUUGUGUUCCUGUCCUUGACAAAAUGUGAAAUUAGUACUGUUGUAGUAGUAGUUUUCAUCUCUGCAUUCCUGUACAUGUGUGCACAAUAAGCAGUGAAUUCACAUGCAAAGUAGUUAUGAAGCUCAGAUUUUGUGAUCAUGAAUUCUGAUGUAAAUGUCUUCAAAGUAUCAUUUUGUCCAUUGUGUAGUUCCAGAAAAUAUCCAGACCCCCACCACGGAGGGAAUUUCACUUAGGACCCCCCCACCUCCCUGGAUUUUCCAUUUUUGCAGGGAACUGAUGACCCCCCACCCCUUCGGAAUUUCCACAAGUGUGACAAAGACCCCCCAACCCCUCUGGAAAAGUUCAUUUUCACGAAGAAAGACUAUUAAACUAGAAGAAUGAGGCAACGUAUGGUUAGUACCCAACGGUUUCCAUCAGAAGCUUGCAUGCUUCUGUUUCCAUUUAUUUGAGUGAUCUCGCAACAUUAAAACACACUACACCAGCACAAAGUAACCUGAUCUGUAAUUUUUGGCCAUCUCUUACUUUAAAUGAAACAGAGAAAGUUAAUAAGUCGGUUAUAUUUGUGAAUUUACCUUAAUCAGGGCAAGCUUAGAUUUGUUAUUCGUCUCAUGGGCGUAAUGUUGAUAGAAUUAAUGCCAUUUCGUGCGGGAAUGCAGAGCAAGUCAAACUUACGACCACAAAAUUAAUGCAAAGCAAAGAGGAGAAUAAAAACUCUGAAUUCUGAAAUGAUAACAAUGAAUACCCCCUGCAUCUUGAAGAUACUUGAAGGGAAACCAAGUCCAAUUUACUGUUUUUCGAUGACUGAUGCGACGUGAUGCGCGAUGGCCGUAUAAAUGUUUGGUGAAAUCAACACUAUUUCAGCGAGAAUUCGAUCAUGAACAUGCCACACGUUCAACCACAAAAUUAAGGGAAAAUGAAAAGGAGAAUAAAAACUCUUCAUUCUAAAAUGGUUACAAUGUAUGGCUUGUGCUUCGUGAGGCAAAAUAGCCACUCUUCUGAUCUAUCGAUCGACUGACGCAACGUGUUGUGUUGCGUGAUGUGUUGCAUGCGUUGAUGUGUUGGGGAAGACUGGUAACGAGUAAUGGCGGCCAAAUAUACGAGCAUGCGAUAACACGAAUUGUAGUCGGUCUAAUUCCUUUGAAAUUACAUCCAAAACGCUUUUGGAAGAGAGGAAACCUGGUUAAGAUAAAAAAGGAACAAUCUUAAGUGAUAUAUGUCAAGUUAUUUAUGUCCUAAAAAUGAUCUAUCAGGUCGGUAAGAAGCAAUGUUCGAUCUCAGGUCGAAAACAAAAUGAUAUUGCCCCCCUGGAAAGUGAUUUUAUGGUCCAACCCCCCUCCCUUCUGGAAUUUCCUGGGCCUCUGACCCCCCCACCCCCCUGGAAUUUCCAAUUCCCUCCGUGGUGGGGGUCUGGAUAUUUUCUGGAACUACACAUUUAAUGAAAUUUCAACUGCACCAAAUACAGAUAAGUUAUCGUAAAAAUUCACUGGUCAUUAUGCAUGCAUGAAUGGAGAUGUGAAUUUGACACUAGUUGCAGCAACAGUGAAAGGAUUCACCUUUUGAACAAUAAAUUCAUUAAUGGAAUCCUGGAGAGUAUGCUUGACCAGGCUUGACUAUAAAAUCCUAUUCACAUCAAUUGUACAUUGAAUCAAUACCAGCAGUUGCUUCUUGCAUAUGUAGCCAUUAUUUUUGUCCCAGAACAACUAACAAUAAUCAUAUACUACGCUUUAUUUUGUUGAAGGUAACAUGAAAGAGAGAAAGACGCUUGAGAUCCGAGCAUCCACACUCCGUGGGGAAAUGAGGAUGUUAAGAGCUGAACUUAAUCAACUAAAGCAGUUUCAGACCUUUCAAGCAGAGCAAUUUGGAGAGAUGAUCAGAAAUGCUAAAGAGCAAAUAGUGCAUCACUUGACACGAACACAGAAUGGUAAGAAGAGUAGCUUGUACAUUGAGUAGACACAAUAAUAAAUAUUAAUUGUAAAGAAAAGUGGCACCCAAAAGGUGAAGAAGAUGGACAUCUUUCUGGCUGGUGCUUAAUUUCCUCACAUGCAUUGCUUAUCCUUUGGCAACCCUUAUUUUUGCUCUUGCUAUGGAGGUUAUAACAAGAGUUCACCCAUACUACUGAUUUUACUUAACACUGAAUCAAUGGUUAAAUAGUGUUGGUAUACGUAUAUAUAUUUUUGAUGAAUCGUAAGCUGUUAUAAAACAAAUAUAACAAAUUUACUUAAAAUAAACAAAAGGACCAAAUCAGGGGAGGGUGUUUGUCAUGAGUGUGCUAUAAUUUAUUCUUCAACAAACGUUUACAUUGUUUUGAAGAAAAUUACGACAAACACACUGUCUCAAUUUCACAAGGAACCUGAAUUGAUAUUGUUAUUGGAAAUUAUUUAUUUUGCGCGCAACCUACUGAUUAGUCAGUUAUCUGCUAGCAGAUAAGUAACUUAUCUGUAGGUUACACUGAUUUCCGAAAUUAGCUGUAGGCAGUUAGCCAAUGAGAAGACAGAUAGUGAGUACAAUGUGCUGUAAUUCUUUUGUUAUUUGAUAAGAUGAAAAUGAGCUUGAGCUGUUUUUCUGCAAUCCCACACCUGAGUGUGUAAUAAGUGGAUAUGAUUUUUAAACUGCUCCUGUGCCUCCUUUGUUUUCACCUCAUGAAAUGUUGAUGAGUUUUAAGAAAGAGUUUUUGGAGGUCUGAGGAGUUUCUUCAUUUGCAUGCAGUGAUGAAUACAUGUAGAACUUCGCAGACCUGAUAUCACUUGAUUGAUGAUCAGGAAUGAAUCAUAAUCUUCUCUCUGAGCAUGCAUAACAUAAAAAUUUAUAUUAAUAUCUAACACCCAGUUGUAAACACCUUGGAUGGUGGGCAUGUGACUGCCAUAAUGAACACAAUGUUUUAACAUGAAAGUUUCCUAUUAUCAGUGGCUGUCAUGGCAACCAAAUGCAAGGCCAACUCUAUAUUUCCCAAUUGUUAGCCUGAGUAAACAGCUGACAUUUCAUGCUGCCACCACUGGCUUCUCUGUGAAAUGACGUUGCGAAAUGAGUGCAGAAAUUCCAUACUGAUCAUGCAACGCUACCCAGAUCUGGUUUCCCACAUGGCAUGACCAAUCAGAAGCACUACCCAGUUGUAGGAAUUGGAGCGUCAUCAGUAUGGAAUUUCUGCACUUGAUUCUCAGUUGUCAUUUUGUGGGCAAACCAGUGGUGGCGUCGCGAAAGUCCUUUGUUUUCUCAGGCUACCCAAUUGUCUCUUUAUGCUUGGUUUGUUUGUUUUCCAUCUCAGGCCACAUGCCAUCUUUUUUCCACUCCUUUCACAUUUCUCCCAGUGAUUUUCACCAGAAAGGAAAGAAAGAAAAAUUCUCUUGAGGGCAUCAUGUGGUUUGAAAUACAAAUUAAGAAUAUCGAUUACAAAAGGUCUCUUGAAGUUAGAGGUACUUGGAAAAGUCCCCAGGGUCUCAUUUACUGAUGCUGGAAUGUCCUUGGUUUCACAAGCAAGCACUUGUGGAUAGAGUGAUUUUAGUAUGACCUUGAAAUGGAAAUGCACAAACAAAACAGAAACAACAAACAAAGAGAAAUAGAGCGAAUUAAUUGGUUUAUUGAACGGAUACAAAUGCACUUGGCUUUUAAUUGGUUAAGUGAUCGCUUGGGUGACAAAACUUCAUGCCCGAGAACUUUCUAGAAAUCAACCAAUACUUCGCUUUGACAUCAUACUGCAACACGAUUGGCCUAUUGAACAAUGACUUCUCCAUAUUAGGGUUUUCUUUGGUGGGAAAAGGAAGACAGCAUGUUUUGAUCCUGUCAUCGAUUGGCUGGUAAAACAAAAAACGAAAACUUUAAUACUGAAACCUUUUUCCAAGGCCAUUCGAAAAUCGCUCUAACUGUUGUACAUUCAAACCUGUACUAAGCAGUCACCCUUGAGGAAUGGCUUGCUGACCCCCUUAAUACAGGUUUCACAUACCUAAAUAUGUAAGGGUUAUUAAUUUUAAGGAAAUGGGGAUCUGAGGUGAAAGAGCGAGAUAUCUAUCCGACACCUUUUUGGCCUGUUUCUAUCUCCACUUGUACCACAAGAAAAACAGUAAAAGACCGCUAAACCCCUUGCACAGUCUUUCUGUUGCACUAGUAUGGUACAUCUUGUCGAAGUGACCGUUUAGUACAGGUGAAGAAACUAAGAAAUAACUCUUUGGGGCCUCAGAAAAGGUGAUCGCUUAAUACAGUUUUGACUGUAAUAUUUUACUUGUAGAUCCUUCUUCAAAAUCAGUGAAAGAGAAGGUACAGAUGGAGGAGAUGGCUUAUGUAAAAACCAAGAAUGAUAUUAACAGACAUAUAAGGUAUGACACUGGAAAAAAACACCGCUGCUGCCUAGGUUAAACUAUGCAAACUGAAACUUUCUUUUAUCAUUCAUGGAAGCUGAAAGUUUGUGUUUGUUUACACAUCAGUUCUCUGUUUAUGAUUUACAUGAUUGAUUUUCAUACAGGUGUAUUUAUUAUUAAAAAUUUGUGAAUGAAAAAUUAUGUAUCAGCCAACAUGCUUGAAGUAAGACUGUGAUCUAAGCAAAAGUUGAAUAUCAUCAGUGUCUGAUGCUGACAUAUGAUUUAAAAACAUACAGAAUAAGAUAAUGUUAUUUAGCAACAUAGCCCAACAAAAAUAUCCUCAGAGGUUUUGCUUAUCGUGCAGGAAAAACUAUGGACUGCAAGAUAAAAAGCUUCUUGAUUAAAGAACAAACUGUGAUGAGGAUAGAGAUUUUAUUUGUGCUGCAUUUGUGUUACCAUGAGUUUUGCAAGACGUUUAAACUUGUAUCAAUACCUGUGAAAGUAUCAUUAUUUUGGUCAUGAGUUAAAAAGAAUUACCAGCAAGAGUUAUAUACCUUAAUUUUUAAGAUCAUUCAAAAUGUCUUGUCACUUUUUCACCUGGACAUCAGUAUCACUGGCACUGGGCCUGCUCAUAAACUUAAAUUUCUAAUUUUUAUUUCCAGUGAGCUGGAGAGUGAAGUAGAGAUGGUUCGUCUGGAUGUUGUACAGAAAAGAUGUAUUGCCAAUCCUGCGGAGGUUGACAGUCUUAACAGCCAGCUGUCAAUCAUAAGCCGUCAAGUGUCUGAUCUCAAGGGUAAGUUCAAACUUCAUUAUUGCCAUUCGUCUGUACCAUAAGCUAAAUAACACACUCUAAAGGGAAUGAAAAGGUAACAUCUUAGAUGAUAAGUAACUAUUAUGCAUUGAUGGCCAAGUGUGUUCAAGGUAAGGUGUCUGGCCCUAAGUUCUUAGUUUUGGUCCAUAAAAAAUGAACAAGGUCAACAUUCAGCCAUCUUGACCAAACACCUUUUUUAUACGGGAUUUAUUAUAUGGCCCAAAAGAAUUUUUUUUUUUUUUAUGGGAACAAAAUGGAAAAUUCCAAGUGGACAAGACGGACAUGUCUUGCCAGCUUGCAUAGUCCUCGGUUAGCCACUUAGAAAACAGAAUUUGCUUCCUCGCAACCAUGUAAUGAUAAUGAAUGUUGCUCUUUUACUUUACUACCAUGCCAAGAUCAUGGAUGUCUGCUUUCAGCACAGUGUGUGCGGGCCAACAUUUUCCAAGCCACUUUUGAUUGUAACAGGGUUCGUACAGAGUCUUUAAUUCUUGAAAAAGUCUUGAAAUUUGCCAGACCUGGAAAAAGUCUGGAAAAUAGAGGUAGAGUCUUGAAAAAUGGUAAAAAAGUCUUGAGGUUUUUUUUGAAGCUGCAACAAGUGCUUUAUAAGUGAAAGUUUUUUUUGCUUUGGUCGAAUCUUAUUUAAUCUCACCCGUACGUUUGCAGCACUUCAUAAAAAAAAAACUUUGUUCCUGUGUUUUUAAGGUUUCAGUUGAUUACCUAUUAAUUUGAUAACCUUGGGUCUGGACAAAGAAAUUAUUGAUUUGGAAAAAAGUCUGGAAAAAGUCUAGAAUUUUGGGUCCAAAAAACUGUACGAACCCUGUUGUAUCCUGUCAGGCCAUUUUGGUUGUAGUUUUUAUAUCCUGAAAUACUCAAGUUAUUUUAAUCGCCUUUUUCAGGUGAGUUUGCGGAACUGCAUGAUAGAAUGAAGUCAAACAUGGCAUCAGAAUUGGAGAUCAUAGUUCAGGGAGACAAGUGAGUGUUCACUGAAAUAAAUGUGAUCAACAUGAAUUUUCUCCUGCCAAUAUUAAAACUAUAUCAAGAAAAAAGGUUAUAAGAAUUAAUUAAAUGAUUCACAUGGGGGAAAAUUCUUUGAUCUUUUGUCAAAUUCUCUCAACUAAUUCUUUAAAGAAAUGUAUGGAUGACAGGCUAGAGAAUUUGUUUACGGAUAUUGGAGCUUACAAGGUUAAGAACCUCAAAAAAGCCACAUAAUUAAUGCUUCAUUCUUUAGAAUUUAUACCAGGAGACACUUAUUUUUUUUUUAGAACUCUGAGGUAAAACGCUAUAUCUGCUAUCUCUCUUCAGAUUUCUGAAAGAAGAACCAAACAAACUGGAGAACUUAGUUAGCAGAUGUAAGCAUAUCACAGGGACACUGUUUACAUUACAAAAGUAAGUUGUUACUGUUUUAGCAGUCUGAAUGUGCAGGAAAGAAGAAUCAUGAAUCCUACGAUUAGAGUGGUUUUUCAAAUUUCCCAGCCUGAUUGUGGCAGACCAUUUCAGGCUUUUACUGAAUUCAUUCCAGAACGUAGCCUUGGUAGAGUACCGUGGUGUUGACAAUCACGAUAAAUAAAAGUCAUACUUUGAGGGACAUUUUUGUGCAUUCACAACAUCGAAUCAUUGUAUUUGGUCAGUUCUAGCUGGAUAUGAAAAAUUAAAGAACGAUUUACCAGGUCGCUAAUUAGCAAUUUUCAAAGUGUAAAGGUCGAAAAUGAAACGAAAUUAACCCCUGUAAAGUGAGUUAAUCGUCCAACUCCCCUCCCCUCUGGAAUUUCCUGGGCCUCUGACCCCCGCAGCCCCACGGAAUUUCCAAUUCCCUCCGCGGUGGGGUAUGGAUAUUUCCUAGAAUUACACAGAGAAUUGAAUCAAGCCUGGAUUAAGCCAGACAGAAACGGAUAAGUAUUUUGAAUGAAUAAUUGGGAUGAUUUGAUUGUUAUUUUUUCAAUCUUCAGAUUAGUAACUGCUCAACAACAGAUGAAGAGCGAAAGUGAAGCAUCAUUCAGCUCUUUAGAGGUUUGCUGUCGUUUUUUUUGCAUUUUUGAGGUCAUUUCCGAGUUUCCCUAAGCCUGAGAUCAAGCCCUCUUUCUAUUAUCCCUAUAAUUUAUAUGUCUCUCUCGCCUCGCACGCUCUUAAAAAAAAAUCUGAUCGCAGGUUAAGUUUCCCCAAGCCUCUACUAAGUGCGAAACCAUUGGUACGAAAAGUUUUUUUCUUCUGAUGUAAAUGAAACUCAUUAUCACAAGAAAGGUUUCGCACUUAGCCUCGUUUUGAAAGUGAGAGUUUUUGGAACUCGGAAAUGGCCUAUACCACCUAGACUACGAGUAGUCCCCCAUUUUUCCUCAGGGAUAUUAAAGCGAGCGAAACCCGAGCGCGCGUGAAAAUCACCCCACGCGAGAAAAGGCGACACGCGGCGGGGAGAGAGCCACUUGACGAAUGAGGGAAGGAAUCCCAUUGGAUGCGCUUAAUCGAUUUGGAAGGGGAUACGAACUUCACAGUCCAAAAUCAGUCGGCCGUGAAGGGUCAAAACCUUGGGCUUUGUCUGUAGUCCCUCAUUUUUCCCUCUCCCCGCCGCGUGUCGCCUUUUCUCGCGUGGGGUGAUUUUCACGCGCGCUCGCAUUUCGCUCGCUCUAAUAUCCCUGAGGAAAAAUGGAGGACUACUCGUAGUCUAUAUACCGCCAUUUAGUUCAGUUAAAUCACACUUGUAUAUAAUAUUUACACUGUAUAUAGUAACGGAGGAAUGAAAUAACAAAUAAGAGAAAAAAAGAAAAGAAAGACAUUAAUGGCUUUGGUAGAAGUGUACGGUGGUCAGAGGCGCUUAGCUUUCGAGCUAAACACCGCUGUAUUAUCAAUAGAAAUACUUAAUAUUUGCGCCACGUGCCAUGACAAAUAUGGACAAUGAUGUGAAACAGUCAUUUAUAUGUAGUUAACUUUGACAGUUAAGCAGAAUUCGUUUGUCUUGUUUUUUGAACUGGUAGUUUCUGAGUGUUUUUCAGAUAGAGAAAAAAACUGGCAGCAUUUCCAUUUCUUAAAUUUGUAGUGGAAAAUAAAAUACGACUGAGUAUUGUCAUACUAGUCAAUGGAUUAAUUUACGCUAGUGUUUUGGUCAUUAUUUUGUGAAUUGCAAGUCCUUGAUCAAUUACCACUAACAACAAGCUGCUUUUUGUUAUUAUUGUCUCCUGAUAAUUCCUAUUUGUUUCUUUGUGUGUUUGUUCUUUCUCACAGGAUGUUGACAAAGAAGUUAUUGACAGUAUAAGAUCAGUACAAAGAGACUACAUUACACAAAGGGGUUUAGAACGUCAUACAGAGGUACAAUUUAUGACAAGCAGGCUGUAUUACAAAAUCCCAAAGAGGCUUAUGUUAAAGAGCCGGGCUAUAACACUCUAUUUGCUAUUUUUUUAAAGAGCUAAAACCUGUAUUCGCGUCAACUGAAUUGUAAAAAAUUUGGCCGAGUUUUGUUAUUGAAGACUAUAUUAAUUUUGGGCAUUGAAACUCUUUCCUGUCGUCUGUUGC